GCUAACAUUCCAAUAAAUUGUGGAGGCAGACUGAACUCACUGAAGGGUUUCUAAAGGGAAACCAUGUCGGAAGAGAUGGAAGUAGAAGCAGCAGAGCAGCAUCAACUCAACACCAAAACGGAAUCAGGAGAAGUUAGUGAUAACCAAUCGGACGAAGCCUCCUAUUCUUGGCCUGUAAUUAACUACGACCUUUCACCGUAUCGUACUCACCACUUCUUCAACCAAUUCCGCACCACAUCAAACCCUAACAAUUUUUUCAAGGGCGUCAAAUGGUCCCCUGAUGGCUCUUGCUUCCUCACUUGCUCUGACGAUAAUACUCUUCGCGUAUUCACAUUACCCUAUGAUGAAGGUGGAUACCUUGUGGAUAAUAGCUCUGCAGCUGAAGAAACUGAUUCCUAUUCAGCAAGUGUAGUAGUUAGCGAGGGAGAGUCUGUGUAUGACUACUGCUGGUAUCCUUACAUGUCUUCUUCAAGUCCAGAUACCUGUGUAUUUGCAAGUUCUACUCGUGACCAUCCUAUUCAUCUAUGGGAUACUUACUCUGGACAGCUAUGUUGCACAUAUCGUGCUUAUGAUGCAAUGGAUGAAAUCACAGCUGCCUUUUCAAUUGCUUUCAACCCUUCAGGGACUAAGAUCUUUGCAGGUUACAACAAAUCUCUUAGAGUAUUUGAUAUUCAUCGACCUGGAAGAGAUUUUGGACACCAUUCCACUCUUCAGGGAAACAAAGAAGGGCAAUCAGGCAUUAUAUCCUCAAUUGCUUUCUCUCCAAGCAAGAAUGGAUUGCUGGCUACAGGUUCAUAUAGCCAAACCACUGCUUUGUAUAGAGAAGAUAACAUGGAAUUGCUUUAUGUAUUGCAUGGCCAAGAAGGUGGUGUUACUCAAGUGCAAUUUUCAAAAGAUGGAAACUUCUUGUAUACUGGAGGCCGUAAGGAUCCUUAUAUUCUUUGCUGGGACAUUCGCAAUACUGUUGACAUUGUUUACAAGCUGUACAGAUCAUCUGAAAGUACAAAUCAGCGGAUACAUUUUGAUGUGGAGCCUCAUGGGCACCACCUUGGAACUGGUGGGCAGGAUGGUUCAGUCCAUAUUUAUAAUCUUCAAACAGGACAAUGGGUAUCAAGCUUUCAAGCUGCAUCAGACACUGUCAAUGGUUUCUCCUACCAUCCUUUUCUGCCAAUGGCUGCCACUUCGUCGGGGCACCGAAGAUUUGUAGGUCUUGAUGACUCGUAUGAGGAUAUGGUCCUGAGCGGCAACGAAAACUGUCUCUCGGUGUGGAGCUUCUAUUCAUCCACUGCAAACACUGAUUCUGCAGAUCAAGACAUCCAACCCGAGGAUUCUAAAGUUACAAAUGGCCAACCGGAGCUAGAGAACCUCCACGAUCAACCUUGACUUACAAACCGGCCUCAUAUGUACUCUAAUUUGUUUUGCAUAACAGGUAAUUCUCUUUGGAUUUACAUGCAGAUUCUGCAUAAUUUUGUAGGUUGUACAAGUCUUUCUUUGGCUCAUCCAGUUUCUAUGAACCUUUGACUCACUGUAGAUCAGAAAAAUCACCAAAAAUUUAUCUGUUGAUUUAUAUGUUAUUUCCUGUCCUUUUUCAUUCUCAAAA